GGGAAAGCAAAAAACUACACAAAUAUGUGUAGUUGGUCCCUAACGGGUUAACUGGAGUUGUCCAGCAACUUUUGCUAAAAAUAAUGUCAAAUAAACGAAAAAUGCCAAUUGAGCAGUUGCUAGUUUACAGUAGUUUACGUCUAACCACUCAUUUGGAAAAGUAUUUAGACGGUGAAUUUUAUAUUUUGAUGGUUUCAUCACUUUCUUCGCUUUAUUCUUCAUACUCGUAGUUUUUUGGAGCGACGGUAUUGAAAUGUUCCAGCUCAAGGAAUUGGGGAUUAGUCAUGAAUAAGGAGAAUGACUGGAGACUACCUCAGAUUCGAUUUCCAUUGGAGAAAGUGCGACUCUUGAUCCUUCAGUUUCUCAUCUGCAACAUUGUACUCGUGAUUUACGGAACAAUUGAAUUGAUUGUCACAUUUGCACUCAAAGAGUCCAAAGCCGAGUACUUUCUUUAUAUCAUUGACGACGUGAAUGAUAACUGCAGUUAUCUUAUUAAGGGAUCGUGUAUGUGCUCAAUCAUUGUAGGACUGGUUGCCAUUUUGACACACAUGCUUGGUUAUCCUGGAAGAAUAUUGUGUUCCUUGUCUUGCUUGCUAAUUUGCUCCUUUUCUUUGAUGACAAUUGGCGUGGGUGAAGCUGCAUCAACGUAUGUCACCAACGAGCAAAUGUACCGAAGGGUAAUGGAAAUGGACAGGCAUUAUUAUAAUCAUCGUGACAGUUUGUUUCCCAUGUCCAAGGACACAACUUUGACGACUGAGUUCCAGCACACAUUUAGUUGUUGCGGAAUGUUUUCAACCAAAGAUUGGUAUCUGUCCAACUGCAACUGCAUGCCCCUCUCCUGCAGCAAACGAAACAAAGUCUCAAUUUCCAAACCCUUCUUCAUGACCAACAAUUCCUUAAAUAAGUUAGGUUACGGAAUAUAUGAUAAACUCCAACCUCUCAUUUGGGAAACUGGCUGCCUUGCCGAAAUUCAGAGUACGACUGCCAAACUAAAGAAAAAGUGGCUAAUCAUUAUUGGCGUUUCUGCAAUAAUCCACUUUCUCCUCACCACGUGGUACUUCCACAUAUCGUCAAUUUUAACCGAACUCCUUCUGUCUCCAGUGGGAAAUGUGCAGUUGCAGAUCUUUAGAGCUCAUUGGCCCAGCAAAGGAAUUAAAGUGAAACCAGAGUACAAAAGAUUUGCUCGAGUGGAUGGCAGUUUCGAAAAAUCUCGUUCAACAUCUUUAUCAGGUAAUCCGACUGCAUGGCAAGUUUUAGAAGAUGAUGAUCUCGGAGGGGUUCCUCGUAUGACGAUCAGCCUCGCAAGUAUAACAAACUCCAGACAAACAGAGAAUAUUCAUGACACCACCGAGGUCAAAGUUCGCUUUGUCCGAGACGAUAGUCUAAGCAGAAAAGUUUAAGGGACAUCCGAUAUAUGCAUUUUCAUACAUGUACUAUACAUAAGUAUUAUUUAGCAGUGGACAGAUUUCUGACAUUGAUGAGGAAUAAUCUCAAAUCAAAGAAAGAAUAAUAAAGUGCUAUUAAUAAUAAUAACAGAGGAUGUGCAUGAAUGGCUUUAUGAUUAAGAUAUUGAGUCAGGAAUUAGUCAUUUUAAAUUUUCAAAGAAAACAAAUGAUGUAUGCGAAUUUACACGAGAUAAAAUAUCCACUUGACCACCGGACACAUCGGAAUAUUCAACGGACCACAGCGGCCUAAUUUCACCAACCUCAAAUUAAUUAUGAUAACGGUUUCCUGUCAGAAUGUCAUGCAAAUUGAGGUAUCCAAAAUUUAUGAGA